AUGUACUUCGUGUGUAUAAAAUUUGAAGGCCAGGCUCUCUUCUCCACAUAAUUCAUCUUCUCCUUGGCUCUUCAUCUCAAUCAAAGAAGUAAUGGGUUUUCCGGUGGCUUACACGGAGCUUCUCCUCCCGAAGCUCCUUAUUCACACGCUUUCCUUUUUGGGUUUCAUCAGAAAACUGAUUACCGUUCUCUUUAGCUAUCUGGGUCUCCAAGAAUUUCUCGAACCUGACAUUGCUUGGCCCGACACGCCGACCACACGUGUCCCCGCGCCUCUCUCCGUCUCCGCUCUUCUUAUCCGCGAAAUCCUGCCGGUCGUCAAGUUCUCAGACCUUGUUGACCCGCCAGACUCAUGCGCCGUGUGUCUCUACGAGUUUGAAGACCAGGACGAGAUCAGACGGCUCACAAAUUGCCGCCAUAUCUUCCACCGUUGUUGCCUCGACCGUUGGAUGGGAUACGAUCAAAAAACUUGCCCCUUGUGUCGAACGCCGUUUAUUCCAGAUGAUAUGCAAGAUACGUUCAAUGAGAGACUAUGGGCAGCCUCCGGGAUCCCCAACUUAUAUGAUGCUGAAUAUUCUCAGGUUACUGAUUUGCAGAUUUCAGGUUAAAGAAAUGGAGAAAAAAUAAUUGUUUUUUCUUUUUUGAUCGUAUAAAGGAGCCGUGAAGCGAAAUGAAAAUAGAGACCUACAUAUCAGAAUCAUAUGUUAAUAAUAAUAAUAAUUAACUUAAUUAA